AGAGAAGCAAUCAAAGCAACCAUGAGAAAAUUUUCUUUCUGGACAAGUUGUUUCUUCAUCUUCUUCUUGCUAACUUCUCCUCAUCAUGAGAUGUUUUCAAGCACCAACGCUCUAUCCCUAGACAUAAUCAACAAAACUUGCAAGAAAUGCUCAGAUGAAUCCAUUGCUUUUAGCUACAAUUUUUGUUCAACCUCUCUUGAAGAAAUACCAGUCAGUCAUGCCACCGAUCUUCGGGGUCUGGCCAUCAUAGCGAUGGAAUUAGCUCUAGAAAACACUACCAACACAGUUUCAACAAUCAAGAGCAUGCUGAGUAAUGGAAAUUACAGUUCUGUAUCCUCAGCUUGCUUAGGGGAUUGCUUUGAACUGUAUUCCGAUGCCGUUUCAACGUUGGUUGAUGCCAUUGAAGCCUUUUUGAUCGGAAAUUAUGGCAUUGCAAAUGUGAGAUUGAGUGCUGUUAUGACUGCAACAAGUACAUGUGAUGAAGGGUUCAGAGAGAUGAAAGAAGUUUCUCCAUUGGCAAAGCAUAACUACAGUCUCUUCCAGUUAUGUGAUAUACCCUUGUGCAUCAUCAACUUGCUUUCUCUAGCUGUGAAAUAUUCUUAAGAGUAGAUAUAUGUCCUCUCUACUUGGUUGUAUUAUAUAUAUAUACUGUCUCUAAUAAAAUUCUUCCAUAGCUCCGCUGUAGCUGCUCUUCAGGAGGAUGCUUUUCGACUCUA